AUGAGGCAUGAUUUUUCUUUUAUUUUCUCUAUCGUGAUUUCUUACUUUAGACUCAUUCAAAGAGACUAUCUUACAUUCUCUCACGCAUAUAUUCUCUUAUUCGUUACUUCUCUCUCUCACAGUUUCUCCUUUUUCUGUCUCACUCACCAUAUUCUCAUUCCCUCUCCAAUAAACCUUUACUCAGUCUUUCUCUCUCCAAGACAGAGAUAUACUAAAUCUAUCUCUAUAAAAAGUCACGCUUUAUUUUUGUAUAUAUUUUCUUAUUUAUUCCUUUGCUGUUUGCAUCUGUAUGUCUUCGCAACAGAAGUCAGCUUCUUUCUUUUUAUCGUUCCUUUCAUUAUAUUCCUAUAUUCCCGGUCAAUUUCUUUCAUUCAUUCAUUCAUUCAUUUAUUCAUUCAUUCAUUUUACACUUUAUUUCUUUCAUCCGUUCAUUCCUUUUACACUUUCUUUCUUUCAUUCAUUUCACGCGUUUUUUUUUCUGUCAUUCAUUCCUUAGUUUUUUUCUGUCCUUCGUCUAUUCCUUCUACACUUUAUUUAUUUCUUUUGUUCAUUAUUUUAUACUUUAUUUCUUUCUAUCAUUCAUUUUAUACAUUAUUUCUUUAUUUCAUUCAUUCAUUUUACACUUUCAUUUUUGCAUUCAUUCGUUCAUUUUAUAGGUUCUUUCAUUCAUACAUUUUGCUUUUUUCUUCAUGUUUCAUUAAUUUUAUUCCUUCCUUCGUUCUUUUUCUCCUUUCCUAUCAUUUUAUUUUAUUUUCCUUCUUGAUUUCUCCUUUAUUUGUCUUUAUUUCUUCGUCAUUUUUGUCGCUUCCUUCUUAUUUUUUUUCAAUUCCUCCCCUCUUUGCUUUUUCAUAA